AUGAUACGCUUAGAACAACUCGUGGCCUGUAUCCAUCAAAGAAGCGACCUCCACCCCCACGAUUCCUGCAAGGAAGAUCUCACCUCUCAUCAGCAUCGUUCAGCCGCUCAAAGUAGCAAUAUCAACGCAUUAAGGGUAUCAGCCCGUGGAUCCCGGUUUCUCAUUUUCCAGGUCCGCCAAGAGCCGAACGAUAAAAGAUUGCAGCUGGAAGGCGUCUUCAUCUCUUGGUAUUUUAAUCUAGUUCCAGUCAAGGUGCCGCCUAACCUACCUCAUGCCUUCAGUCUCUCUCUGCCACUCGUUAUGGUGGUUCAACUGCCAGCCGAUGCCUUGGCAGCUGCUGUUGGCGUUCAAGUCUACUCGUACAUCUGUCUCUUGUGCAGCUGUUUGAUGAUUCUCCUUGCUUACAAACAUCGGGCGAAGGAUAGUUAUAUUUCGCUACUCUCGUGCACUAUAUUUGUUAGUGUCGCCGCCAGCAUUGCGCAGCAACUACAUACAAUCGUACUCUGGGAAGAUAUCAAAACGAAUCAAUUUCACUACGUGCACGAUCACUUGGGCAGCCCCGAGCUUGCUAUUGCAGGGCCUUCGUAUGGGCUUGACUUAGUACUUUUCUAUAUACAGUACUAUUGCUAUAAUAUCGAGGGUAUCUUAACCCUCUUCUGGGCGUUUUCUCUAGCAACAUCUAUCUUCAGUCCACUUGGAGCUACUACGCAGGACCGUAUUAGUCGAAGAUUGAAUAUAUUAUCAAAAGCAUUGGCUUUUCUACUACCCGCGACUCAAAUAGCCCUCCUCCAGAUCCCAGCCAUCAAGAGUUCGACUCCAGCGUUCAUAACACUUGCUGACCUUCUCUUGGCUAUCAGUCUGACCGUGGGAAGUAUCCUUCUUGUAGUGAUUAUGUUCAAGUAUAUUCAAACACGGAGGAGGCUACACCGCUGGACUAUUCGCUAUCCUAUACCCCGGAAUCUCGACGAGACUGAAGGAGAAAAUGGACAGAACUUGGACUGGGAUUCGGACUCUGAGAAUAGAAUCUACGACGGCUGGUUGAUCGUGCGAUUUACUAUCGCAUUCGUCUUCCUCGAGAUUUUCCAGAUACUGUCAACUUUAUCGGAGUUGAUGCAAAUUAGGGAUAAUAAGGAAGAAGUCUUACCAGACGAACCAGACAUAUCAGCUAAUCGCGCACGGGAUGAUUUCGUUUCAUUCCUACCUGGGGUUUCGGCAGGGCUCUUGGUAUUUUUGGUGUUUGGGACAACGAAAGCUAGCAAAUGCACCUUAUAUAGGAUGUUAUUCCCGUGCAGGUUCCGACGAACAACAUUGACGAAUACCGAUAAUGCGCGUGCCGAGCUCGACAAUCAGCUAGGGGCGUUCAUAACCUCCACAUCAACUAGGCCAACCUCCGAGCCAACUCCGUCGCAAAUAGAGGAGCAAUCAUCCCUCAAAAUUACUUCGUACUCAGAAUUUAAGCCUGCGCCACCCCAGAUCUUCCGACCGCAAGGAAAGAGCCCAACUGAAGCUUAA